AUACCAAAAAAGGCUACCAUGUUGACCUUAGCCAAAGUUGCAUUGAUUUCAAGUCUGUUUACUAUGUUACCAUUUGGGAGCCCUCAGAAACAAAAUUCAAGAAGAAAUGCAACUUGGUAUACCAUAGAAGAUUUGAAAACAAUGGAAAAUAAAUCCAUUUAUUUGGAAAGGAGAACAAACAUAACUUCAGAGAAGGAAAGUAGUAAUACCUCCAAACCCAUGGUGACAGAUGCCUCUCUUUUGGAUCUACCCACCAUCUACAAAACAAGAAAUUCCACCAGUAACUGGCUAACAGCUAGCUCUACUGAGGAUACAAGACCCACUUCCACAUAUUCUAUCCCUCCCUUGGCUCAUGAUUUUGUUUCCAAGUUGCCUUUGAACUCAUCCACAGCAGAUGUAAAUCCUUUACAAGUCUCAGCACAUUCCAGUUCUGUACAUCCCACAUCAUCAGACAACUUUACUUGGUCUCUGGACAAUGACACCAUGCAUUCUCCUGACAAUAUUUCCAGUACAGCCAGUAUCCUCCCUCUGCCUCCAAUGACCACACCUGGGACCCCUUUGACAAUUGAACCUACUGGAUGGCUUGACACAAAUGACGAAAACUUUGCUGGUUUUACCCCAUAUCAAGAAAAAACAACUUUGCAGCCUACCUUAAAAUUCACCAAUAAUUCAAAACUCUUUCCCAAUCCAUCUGACCCCCCAAAAGAGACAAAGAAUACAGCAAUAGUAUUCGGCACCAUUUUAGGGGCAAUUCUGGGGGCUUCCCUGCUUAGCCUUGUUGGCUACUUAUUGUGUGGACAACGGAAAACAGAUUCAUUUUCCCAUCGGCGACUUUAUGAGGACAGAAAUGAACCAGUUCUGCGAUUAGACAAUGCACCAGAACCUUAUGAUAUCAAUUUUGGAAAUUCUAGUUACUACAACUCAACUGUGAGCGAUUCAACCAUGCCAGAAGGUGGAGAAAGUGUGCAUGAUAGCAUUCCCAUGGAUGACAUACCUUCACUUCGAACCUCAAUAUAA